AGUAGGUCCCGAAGCGGAAGUGCUCGCCGGGGCCAGUUCUUGUAACGGUCUCUGCAGCGAGCAGAAAAUCUGUUGUCGAGAGAGAGACAGAGACAGAGACAGAGACAGGGAGCCAGAGAGAGAGGUUGUGGGGGGCUAGUGCUAGGGGUAGUGGGCUGAGUGAUAGGGAGUUGUGGGAGAUGAGUGAAGGGUGGGGGGUUGCGAGGGUCAUUUGAUACGGGGUUUGUGGGUGAGAUAUAGGGACCUCGAGAGGUCAUUGAAUGAGGGUCUGGGGGACUCAGUGGUGGACAAAGUUAUGGGACUAGUCAGGAUCGAUCCGGGGCUUAUUAAACUUUGGCCUUUACACAUUUUCCAGCACAGUGACCUGCGCUAAGGGUUUAUGCGCAUCCCUCAGGCUUCUCUUCAGAUGCGCCCCGCCUCUCCCUCUGCCUCUACUAGUCUUCCCCAAGCUCUAAGGUAGGGGUUUGGGGUGAAUGCUCCAGCUGAAGUGAAACCACCUGAAGGCCUCUUUCCGGCUCCUGGGCAAGACCGCCCCAGUGAGGCAUUUGAAUAUUUGUUCUUAGACAUAUUUCAGCUCAGCCUUCAUAUAUUUCUACCUUUUUCCAAGAAGAGCAGGAAAUGGCCAAAUCCCAUGGACUAGUGACAUUUGAGGAUGUGGCUGUGGAUUUCACCAAGGAGGAGUGGCAGUAUCUGAACCCUCCACAGAGGACCCUAUAUAGAGAUGUGAUGCUGGAGAACUACAGCAACCUGGUCUCUGCGGGGCGGCAGGUUGCUAAACCAGAUCUCAUCCUCAAGUUGGAGGUGGAAGAGCCACACCCAGCAGAAGUAAAAAUCCCAACUUGGAGCUUUCUAGAGGUCUGCCAAGUUGGUGAACAGAUCAAGAGACAGCAUCAGGUUGACCAAGAUGAAUGUCUGUUGAUGCAAGUUGUAUUCCCUGACAAGAAAACAAUUACUACUAAGAGUGCUCAUGACUUUAAUGAAUUUGAAAGCACACUUCAUCUGAGUACAAACCUUGUGGCUUCCAUACAGAGACCCCAUAAAUAUGAACCAUUUGGAAAUAAUAUGGUAGAUAACUUAGAUGUAUUUAGUAGAAACUCUGUGGAAAAGAAACAUGACAAUGGAUGUGCAAAAUUAUUCUUCCAUACUGAGUAUGAGAAAGCAAAUCCUGUAGUGAAACCUUAUGGAUACAAAGAGUGUGGGAAAGCCCUCAAGCGAAAGAAAGGUCUUAGUCUACAUCAGAGAAUUAAAAAUGGAGAAAAACCCUUUGAAUGUACAGCAUGUAGGAAAACCUUUAGCAAGAAAUCACACCUCAUUGUACAUUGGCGAACUCAUACAGGAGAGAAACCAUUUGGAUGUACUGAAUGUGGAAAAGCCUUUAGCCAAAAAUCUCAGCUCAUCAUACACCUGAGAACUCACACAGGUGAGAGACCCUUUGAGUGUCCUGAAUGUGGAAAAGCCUUCAGAGAAAAGUCAACUGUCAUCAUACAUUACAGGACUCAUACAGGAGAAAAACCUUAUGAAUGUAAUGAAUGUGGAAAAGCCUUCACUCAGAAGUCUAACCUCAUUGUCCACCAGAAAACCCACACAGGAGAGAAAACCUAUGAAUGCACUAAAUGUGGGGAAUCUUUCAUACAGAAGCUUGAUUUGAUUAUUCAUCACAGUAGUCAUACAGGAAAGAAACCUCAUGAAUGUAAUGAAUGUAAGAAAACUUUUAGUGAUAAAUCAACUCUCGUUAUACACCAAAGGACUCAUACAGGAGAGAAACCUCAUAAAUGUACUGAGUGUGGGAAGUCUUUCAAUGAGAAAUCAACCCUCAUUGUGCAUCAGAGAACUCAUACAGGAGAGAAACCCUAUGAAUGUGAUGUGUGUGGGAAAACCUUCACCCAAAAAUCAAACCUUGGCGUACAUCAGAGAACUCAUUCAGGAGAGAAGCCCUUUGAAUGUAAUGAAUGUGAGAAAGCCUUCUCUCAGAAAUCCUAUCUCAUGUUACAUCAGAGAGGUCAUACAGGAGAGAAACCCUAUGAAUGCAAUGAAUGUGAAAAAGCAUUUUCCCAGAAGUCAUAUCUCAUUAUACAUCAAAGAACUCAUACAGAAGAAAAACCCUAUAAAUGUAAUGAAUGUGGCAAAGCCUUCAGAGAAAAGUCAAAGCUCAUUAUACAUCAGAGAAUCCACACAGGAGAGAAACCCUAUGAAUGUCCUGUGUGUUGGAAAGCAUUUAGUCAGAAGUCACAGCUCAUAAUACACCAGAGAACACACACAGGAGAGAAACCCUAUGCAUGCAGUGAGUGUGGCAAAGCCUUCAGAGAAAAAUCAACAUUCACUGUACAUCAGAGAACUCAUACUGGAGAGAAACCCUAUAAGUGUACAGAAUGUGGGAAAGCCUUUACCCAAAAAUCAAACCUUAUUGUACAUCAGAGAACCCAUACAGGAAAGAAAGCUCAUGGGAGAGGCCAUACCAGGAAAUCAAAGCUCAUUGCCCAUUAGAAAGUAAAUCAACAGUAUGUUAUAUACACUAAAGGAAGGUUGUGUCUAUUUAAUUAAUAUUUUAAAAGUAUGUUCAGACUUCUGGUUUAAAUAUAGAGAGUAAAGCCAGUCUUUCUGUUUUCAUCUCAGUCUUCAUUCCAAAAGCUGUGGGAGAAAAAGAAGAAGUGGUGUAAUCUCUGUAUCUGACAAAAUAGGAAGACAGCUGAAACCUUGAUGAGAGGGCUGCCCGAGGCAGAGGAAAUCACGUAGCUCUGCAGGAGAUUUCAGAGUGCUCAAAGCUGUAGAUGUGAGAUGGCACUGGUAGGAACUCUUAGCUGAGGUUUGGGAUAUACCCUGAGGUGCAAAACCAUAUAUAGAUAUAAUGAUGAUAACACAGUGUGUGGGUAGACAGGAGGUAGGAUAUUUCCUAGACCAUUUGGGUUUUAAGAAAAACAGGCAAGGCCCUUGACAAGGAAUCAGCCAGGUAAGCUAUGUUUGCAGAAAGUAGUCUGUACUGAUGGAACAGUUACAGAGGUGCUAGAAGGAAGAGAAUGGUUCAGCUGUAGGGUUCCAUUUACUGACUUGGGAGAAGCAAAGUUCUGAAAGAAUUAACAAAUGCAAGAAGAAAAAUCCUCAUUGUUAGAAAAACUCUCAUCUGCCUAGAAUGUGGCCCUGCUUUCUGCCCCCAUGUGAAUCUCCAGCAAAUAAAAAGUCAUGAAAAACUCUUCUCAUUAAAAGAAUAAUGAUUCAAAAGUAACCAAAACCACACAUGCAUGUGGUUUUUGAGCUACCAAUUCUACUUCUAGGAAUGUAUAUAUUCAUUAUGUGUAAAAGUUGAACACAUACAGAGGAUAUUCAUUGAUGUACUGUUUGUGAAAAAAUUAGAAGCUGUCCAGUUGAUACCACCAGGGUUCUGCUUCCCAAACUUGUGGUAUAUUCAUUCAGCAAAGUACUAGGCAGACCAAAAUGAAUAAAUAAAGAGAACUCAGAUACCAUUUAUGUAGUGAUGUGGGGUAAUCUCCAAGUUACGUUAUUAGUUAGGAAAAGCAAGGUGCAGGAUAGUGAGUAUAACAUGUUACCAUUUGUGUAUAAAAAGGAGAAAAAAAUGGUAAGUACAUAGCUUAUUGUAUAUGCAUAAACUAUUUCUGGAAAGAGACACAAAGAAGUUGGUAACCCUGAUUACCUUGGGGAAGGGACAAUAGUGGCUGAGGGAGGAGAUGGAAUUGGGAGGGAGACAAUUGUGUUUCCUUUCAUAGCUCAUGAAAAUUGUACUAUGUGGAUGUACUACCUUUUUAGCAAAUAAAAUGUUUAAAACAUAUUUAGUUUAAUUUGAUAUGUUUAUG